ACGUACCCCCGCAACGUGCGGACCUCGGUCCAGUUAAGGAGCCCCAGAAGGAUAAAAAUUUUUUAACCCCUUUCAACCCCCUGCUGGAAAAACUGAGAAUCCAAAAUGGGGGGAGACGGAGGCAGUUUGCCCCAGCGGGUGGAUUUGGUUCGAAUGAAACACAAGAAACUGAAUGAAAGCACGGGCAGCCUGGGCUACGGCAAAAACACGCUCGUGACGGUGAACCAGGGCAGGAGUAACAAGAAGGAGCUGAAGGAGCAUUACAUGAGUCACUGCGCGAUCUCGCAGGAAUCGCUCAAGGAACCCUUCUUCUGCUGCCGCCUCGGCUACCUGUACAACACGGAGCACAUCUUGAGCCUCAUUUUGGCCAGGCAAGGAAAAAAGAAGAAGAAGAAACGCAAAAUGGAGGACCCACACUACGAAGCGUUUGCUCACAUCGGGUCCCUUAAAGACUUGGUGCUCUGCAAAAACAAAUUGAAUGAAGAGAACAAGUUGGUUUGCUCCAUCUCGAACGAGAUUAUUAACCCCUCUUCCGGGGCCAUGUGCCUCUUCUCCUGCGGCUGUGUGUUCUCCAAAAAGGUCUUCAGUAACGCGAACAUUGCCAAGGAAAACGCGUGCACAGCGUGCAACACAAAAUUCGACCCCAGCGACGUGAUCGAAAUUGCGAAUGUGGAACAGCCCCUCAUCGGAAAGAGCAAGAAAAAAAUGAAAACAAAAAGUGAGCAAGUCGAUAAGGCAGAAAGGAACGACAAAAGCGAAACGGAUAAGAACCGCCACACGGAGCACAAGGAACAGGAUUCCAACAAGUGA